AAGGAGAACCACAAGAAGAGGGAGAUGGAGGAGAAGAUCAAGAGAGCCAGGCUGGCGAAGGAAAAAGCCGAGCGCGAGAAGCAGGAGCGUCAGCAGAAGAAGAAGCAGCUGAUUGACAUGAACAAAGAGGGAGAUGAAACUGGAGUGAUGGACAGCCUCAUGGAAGCGCUACAGUCCGGAGCAGCCUUCCGCGAUCGCCGAAAACGGACGCCGCGCAACGGUGAUCAAAGUCCUUCCAGUCCAGCCUCUCGGUGGCCGGCUGCUAACUAUGGUUACAGAACCUUAGAUAACCGCCGCGCCGUGCUGGAACGCUCCCGCUCUCGCCACAACACCAACCACCAGGCUCGAUGAUGUCGCCCGAAGACGACCCGGAGGAGGAUCCUGUCGCUGAGUCCCACACACGUUAACCCCGCCUUCCACGCUCUCUCUCUCCAUGUUGUCCUCCUGUCGGUCCGUCAUAGGAAGCGAAACAAAAAUGCGUCGCCAAAACGGUGCUGUGUACAAACGUAGGAGACUAUACCCAUUCCACGCUUAGACUUCAGAGCAUGUGACUCACACGCCUCAAUUUUCGACAGGAUUCAUUUUAUUUUUUCAAAUACACGGCGCUUUUCAUAUUUUACACACCUCCGUUUCGACAGGAUGCAUUUUGGGUUUUAAGCGCCUCCUUUUCAUUUAGAGACACACCUCCAUUGUGGCAAGAUGCAUUGCAUUCUGUACGCACCUCCAUUUUUGACAGGAUGCAUUUUAUUCUUGACACACCUCCAUUUUUGACAGGGUGCAUUUUAUUUUGUAGGUGCCCCCAUUUUCCACAGAAUGCAAUUUAUUCCUACGCACCUCCAUUCUGACAGGAUGCAUUUUAGUCUUGACACAUCUCCAUUACGACAGGGUGCAUCUUAUUUUGUAGGUGCCUCCUUUUAAUUAGGAGACACACCCCCAUUUUGGCAAGAUGCAUUAUAUUCUGUACGCACCUCCGUUUUUGACAGGAUGCAUUUUAUUCUUGACACAUCUCCAUUACGACAGGGUGCAUUUUAUUUUGUAGGUGCCUCCUUUUCAG